CGACAACCUGCAAGGAUACAAGACUCAUUCUUCUAGCUGCACUUAUUGGUUGAAUUGACCAGGUCUCUUGCUUUCAACUCCGAUGCUUCUGGAUGACCUCAGGCUAGACAUCCAACAAUCUGUUGUUUGCAGCUUCAAUGAGUUCACAUUGGCUAUCUUCCAAGAUGAGGUGCUGAAUGGUCGCCUAUUAAGAAUAUGCUGCCCUGCCCUUUAUAAAGACAACUGUGUUGCAGAAGGGAGGAGGGCACUGUUGUCAUCUAAUAAAACUGAUGCUGACAUCUUUGAAGAGGUAAACACUCCUAUCAAUUUAUAUUAUCCAAUCACUUCUUUUGUGCAUAUAUUUUUCAAGGCAAUUGCAUUUGUUUUUGUCACACAGGCAUGCUUAUACUGCUGAAAUCACUGAAGAUGCAUUUUUUCAAAUUUGUUGUACCAAUUUGUUUUAUGCUUAUAUUUGUCAACGUACUGAUACAUUUGAGUGUUUGCACACGCACACGCACACGCACACUCGCUCACAC